CAAAUCUAAUUUCAGAAAAAGGGGCAAGAGAAGUACCGCAUCGCAAAGAAAAGAAGAGAUGUGGCGAGUUAUUACGAGUUAUGACGAGUUUAUAUCGAGCUUCUUACGAGUUAUUGCGAGUACUGCGAGUAUAUGACGAGUUUAGCAUCAAAUACAUAGCUGUGACAUCGGAAUCCAGGACAUUCAAGAUGGCCAAUCUAUUACUCUGGAUGAUUUCUGUUACCACAAUUGCUACUUCUUCUGGUCACACUAUUGACAGGAUCAGUGGUCCGUGUUCUCUAUGUCCAGAAGGAGCUCCCGGUCCCCGUGGACCACAUGGAGACAUUGGCCUGCCGGGAAGAGACGGUCGUGAUGGGAGGGACGCUCCGUGUAAUGGCCAACAAUCAGGAAUGCCGAGUGGUGGUCAUACAGUAAUCAAUAGUAGUGGAGCUGUGUAUAUAAGAUGGGGUAGAGAUGUUUGUGUUGAUGGAUCAGAACUGGUUUAUGCUGGUACUGCAGCAGGAGCACACUACUCACAUACAGGAAGUGGUUCUAACUAUCUAUGUAUGCCACCUGACCCUAUUUAUGAUGAACAUAAGUCUGGUGGAAAUCGUGGUCUGCUUUACUCUGCCGAAUAUGAUACCAUCACAGCCAUCAGUCGUCUCCAUGGUAUCCACGACCACACACCAAAAUGUGCAGUCUGUAGGGCGCCCUCAGGACGAUCUACCAAAUUGAUGAUCCCUGCGCGGAACGAGUGCCCUUCUGACGAGUGGCGCCUGGAGUAUAGUGGUUACCUCAUGUCAGCCUAUCAUGGCCACAAACGUACUGAGUUCGUUUGUUUCGAUCAUGACAUGGAAGCAGAGCCUGGUACAGCUGGAAACGAAGAUGGGGCUCUCUUCUACAUGGUAACAGGUACAUGUGUGGCCGGAAGUGGGCUUCCUUGUGGACCCUAUAUUGACGGUCAGGAACUCACUUGCGCUUUGUGUACGAUUUAGAAAUUGUUAAGAUCGAGUGAUGAUAAUUAUAGUGCGUACUUUGAAUUAUAUCUGUGUAGUGUAGUUCAUCUAUUGAAACAUGUAGUGGACAAAAGGAAUUCCCGAAGGAAUACAUGUUAAAUUUGAAGUAGCUAGGACUUAGUUGCACCCACUGUUUCUUUGUCCAGCGUGCCAUUGACAGAUAAUUUUAAGAAACCUUGAUUCUUUUGGGUUUUUAGGUUGUUAACCUGUAUACAGCGAGGGAGAAUAUUGCCCACCCCGACCCCCUACUUUUUUAGUGUUUUCAAUGGCAAAUUCUAUGUUUUAGCUACACAUAAAGAAAAACAUCCUCAGGCUUGACCUUUUUGUUGCCUCCCACAAUUUUGUCGCAUACAAUGUUUUCUAAUUUCAUAAUUAUCAUUAGCUCCCAUAAUGCUUGCCUCAAAAAAAAUUAUUGCAUACAGUUAUGUAACUUUCAUUAACAAAGAUGAUUGCAGAUUGAGCUAUAGGAACCAUUAUUCAGUGUCUCCUGUCUUAAUAUCUCAGAGGGAGUUAGGAUUGUAAUAGAGUAUUUGGUUCAGAAUAAUGUAAAGAUAAUACCUCUGUGACAUUUGCUCUACUGGCGGCCGUACGGCAAGUCGAAAACAGCCGUAACAUUUUUGUACCAGCUCCAUAUUAUGGGUUUGAAUAAAAAUGAAUAAAACGGCUGUUUUUGACUCGCCGUAUGGCCGCCGUAGAGUAAAUGUGACCGAGGUAUAAGGCUUAGGGUGUAGGUUUUAUGUUUGGCAUAACGUGCAGAUUUUCCAUCUGAAGAAUUGAAAGUUGACAGUAUAGAACUUACUCGAGGAUCAGACAAUGUCCGGUCAACAUUAUAGUUACGUAAUAAUAUUGGUUGAAUUUUAUCCAUCUACAACUCCUUGAGUAGUGACGGUAUACUAGUAGUAGAUAUAAUUAUGAUGAUCUGGGGUUAUUUCAUCAAAGUUGCCAGCACCGACAGGUUAUCGAUAAUGAAACAAUUUACUUUUUUAAGGAUGUUUUAUUAUAUUCUCUCAAAUAAAAAUAAACAUUCACAUUCAAUAAGCAAGUUGUACAAACUAUUUCAAACAUGAUUAUAAAUUAUACAAUAAAUCCAUAACAAUUAUAAUUAUACAAAUUAUACACCAAACUUCAAAUAUACUAGAAAUUAAUACUAAUGCAUUUCAGCAAUUACAAAAUGAAAUAUUAUCAAGAUGUAUGAAGUGAUAAGAGAGAAAAAAGAUAAAAAGUGUUGUUCUACCUCCCAACCACCCCGUCCCCAGGUUAGGAGCACCCUCCCCUUUUUAUGUCUAUACUCUACAUGGAAGGGACUACAAUUCUCCGUAUUGAUUUUUUUUUCUGUGUACUUUUGUGUGGUUUUGUCUCUCGUUGUAUAUAUACGUUUGCCUCACUCUCCCUACGUUAUUUAUAGGGAGAGUGAGGUUUAGACAUACCAACAUAUUUAUUUAUUGCGCCAUUGUUCAAAACAAAAAUAAAUGUCUAUCAAUUCGAAUAUUGCUAUCCCUUCCAUGUAGAACAUUUACUAUAGUAAUAAUCGAUGGUAACCGUCAGACACCUGUGCUUCUCAGCCAAUAAAAAACAUGCAAAGUUUCGUUAUGAGACGACAGAUAUUGAUGAACGCCCCCAGGUCUUCAAUGUCUUCAUGAUGUAAACCCAGCAAUAUAAACACUUUUCUUUGAAUAUUUUUCUGGUAGAAAAUUCUUCAGAACGAUUGAAAGCACGUUUUAUGUUCUUUAUAUAUGUCAUAGUGGUCUAUUGAAAAAGACAACGCCAGAAAAAAGGUGUAUACUGUUAUUUCCAUUUUAUUCAGCCUGUUCAAAGUUUACAAAUUACAAAAAUUUCUGUUCAAAGGUUG